CUCCGGGUCCUUAGUGGGACCUGAUGGCCAAGAGACAGUUCGGAAGUGUCCCAGGAGCUGCCUAUGGACGGCCCGCCAUCCCUCCCACCACCUCUGAGCGCCGUAGUCCUCGGAACUUGUGACCGGUUCUGGCGCGUAAAGUUGGCCUCCCCGAUGUGUGGAACUGUCCCUGGAUCCGUAGCUCGAAACCAGCAUCUCUAACUUCUUCCUUCCGAGAAACUGCAGCCACUGUCAUGGAAAAGUACCACGUGUUGGAGAUGAUUGGAGAAGGCUCUUUUGGGAGAGUGUACAAGGGUCGAAAAAAAUACAGUGCUCAGGUGGUGGCCCUGAAGUUCAUCCCCAAGUUGGGGCGCUCAGAGAAGGAGCUGAAGAAUCUGCAACGAGAGAUGGAAAUCAUGCGAGGCCUGCGGCACCCCAACAUUGUGCACAUGCUCGACAGCUUCGAGACUGACAAAGAGGUGGUGGUGGUGACGGACUAUGCCGAGGGGGAGCUCUUUCAGAUCCUGGAAGAUGAUGGAAAGCUUCCGGAAGACCAGGUCCAGGCCAUCGCUGCCCAGCUGGUGUCGGCCUUGUACUAUCUGCACUCCCACCGCAUCCUGCACCGUGACAUGAAGCCUCAGAACAUCCUCCUUGCCAAGGGCGGCGGCAUCAAGCUCUGUGACUUUGGAUUCGCCCGGGCCAUGAGCACCAACACGAUGGUGCUGACAUCCAUCAAAGGCACACCACUGUAUAUGUCUCCAGAGCUGGUGGAGGAGCGACCGUAUGACCACACGGCAGACCUGUGGUCUGUGGGCUGCAUCCUGUAUGAGCUGGCUGUAGGCACCCCUCCCUUCUACACCACCAGCAUCUUCCAGCUGGUCAGCCUCAUUCUCAAGGACCCUGUGCGCUGGCCCUCCACCAUCAGUCCGUGCUUCAAGAACUUCCUCCAGGGACUGCUCACCAAGGACCCCCGGCAGCGUCUGUCCUGGCCAGACCUCUUACAUCAUCCCUUUAUUGCUGGUCGUGUCACUAUCGUAACUGAACCGGCAGGCCCAGAUUUGGGUACCCCAUUCACCAGUCGCCUACCUCCAGAACUUCAGGUCCUAAAGGACGAACAGGCCCAUCGGCUAGCCCCCAAGGGCAGUCAGUCCCGGAUCUUGCGUCAGGCCUAUAAACGCAUGGCUGAGGCGGCCAAGCAGAAGAAACACCAAAGCACAGGACGUGCCCUGGAGCAAGAGGACAGGACCAGCCAGGCAGCUGCUGACACAGCCCCUCUGCCCAGACCAAGGGGGACUCCUCAGGAAGCAAGCCUCUUGGCUGGGAUCUUGGCCUCAGAAAUGAAGAGCAGCUGGGCUGAGUGGGGGCCUGGAGAGGCACCCCCUGCACCUCGUGAGAACCGGAGCACCGCAGACGGUAGACAAGGAUUUGCAGAGCCGAGACCCGAGGCAGCGAGCCAGCGCAGCAUGGAUGCCGUGAACCCGGAAAAUGAGGAGCCAGACAGCGAUGAAGAGUGGCAGCACCUGCUGGAGACCAUCGAGCCUGUGCCCAUUCAGCUGAAGGCCCCCCUCACCCUGCUGUGCAACCCCGACUUCUGCCAGCACAUCCAGACUCAGCUGCACGAGACCGGAGGGCAGAUCCUGAAGGGCAGCCUGGAAGGGGCUUCCCGCAUCCUGCCGGCACUGCGGGUCCUGAGCAGUCUCCUCUCCAGCUGCGGUGACUCCGCCCCCCUGUACUCCUUCUGCCGGGAGGCAGGGCUGCCUGGGCUGCUGCUGAGCCUGCUCAGGCACAGCCAGGAGAGCAGCAGCAUCCAGGCGCAACCCUGGUAUGGGGCCUUCGUACGGGACCUGAUGGCCGCGAUGCAGGCCUAUUUUGCCUGCACCUUCAAUCUGGACAGGAGCCAGACAGGUGACAGCCUACAGGUGUUUCAGGAGGCUGCCAGCCUCUUUCUGGAUCUGCUGGGGAAACUGUUAGCCCAACCAGACGACUCCGAGCAGUGUUUGCGGAGGGACAGCCUUGUGUGCUUUACUGUGCUGUGUGAAGCCAUGGAUGGCAACAGCCAGGCCAUCUCCAAAGCCUUUUACUCCAGCCUGCUGACCACACAGCGAGUGGUGGUGGAUGGGCUGCUGCACGGCUUGACAGUGCCACAGCUGCCCUUCCACACCCCCCCAGGAGCCCCACAAGGGAGCCAGCCACUGCGGGAUCUGAGUGAGGACCUGCCCGGAGCUGUUUCCUCUGCCCUGGCAGCCAUCUGUACUGCUCCAGUGGGACUGCCCAGCUGCUGGGAAGCCAAGGAGCAGGUCUCUUGGCAUUUGGCAACUCAGCUGAUUGAAGACAGCAGCCAGCUGAGGCCGUCCCUGGUCUCUGGCCUGCAGCACCCCAUCCUGUGCCUCUCCCUCCUCAAGGUGCUCUACUCCUGCUGCCACGUCAGCGAGCGCCUGUGCCGUCUCCUUGGGCAAGAGCCCCUGGCCUUGGAGUCGCUGUCGUUGGUGGUCCAGGGCAAGGUAAAAGCAGCGGAUCAGGAAGAGUCUACUGAAGUAGCCCUCUACCUCCUCGCCCUUCUGGUCUUCCGGCUUCAAGACCUGCCCUGUGGCAUGGAGAAGCUAGGCAGCGAGGUUGCUACUCUCUUCACCCAUUCGCACGUCGUCUCUGUCGUGAGUGCAGCAGCCUGUCUCUUGGGACAGCUUGGUCAGCAAGGGGUGGCCUUCGAGCUGCAGCCCGUGGAAUGGAUGGCUGCAGCCACACAUGCCCUGUCUGCCCCGGCAGAGGUCCGGCUGACUCCACCGGGUGGCUGUGGAUUCUAUGAUGGCCUCCUCAUCCUUGUAUUGCAGCUUCUCACUCAGCAGGGGAAGGCUAGCCUGAUCAGGGAUGUGGCUGGCUCCGAGCUGUGGACCAUUUUAUGGCACCGCUUCUCCAUGGCCCUGCGACUACCCGAGGAGGUGCCCACCCUGGAAGAGGAGCUGUUGCUGUCGGUUCCACCAAGCCCAGAGCCAGACUGGACGCUGAUCUCACCCCAAGGUAUCUCUGUGUCAGCACAAACAUCCUCUGUGGGCCUCACAGAUUGGUCGUCUUUAAGAGCAGACAGCCUGGAACUGGAGAAAACCCACAGACAUGGCUGCUGCUGCUCAGGAGAGAGGAAGGGACCACGAAGGUGGUGGCCAGGGAGCCCCGGGGAAGCGGGGGCAUCCGUACCGCCCGCCUGCUCCGCUGGGUGGUCUCCAUUCUCUGUGUCUCCAGGCAUGGCAGCCUUGCUGAGUCUGGCCAUGGCUGCCUUCACCCAGGAGCCCCAGUUAUGCCUGAGCCACCUGUCCCAGCGGGGGAACAUCCUCAUGUCUACCCUGAAGCACCUACUUUCCCCCAGCUUCCUGCAUCACCUGGGCCAGGCGCCUCACGGGCCUGAGUUUCUCCCUGUCGUGGUGCUCUCUGUCUGCCAGCUCCUCUGCUUCCCCUUCGCCCUGGAUGUGGACGCCGACCUCCUCGUAGGUAUCUUGGCUGACCUCAGGGACUCCGAAGUGGCAGCCCACCUGCUGCAGGUCUGUUGUCACCAUCUUCCGCUGUCACAAGCCGAGCUGCCCAUCAGCCUCCUCACACGCCUGGCCCUCACCGACCUCACCUCUCUCAACCAGUUUGUGAACGCAGUGUCUGCCUCCCCUCGAACCGUCACCUCGUUCCUUUCCGCUGCCCUCUUGGGUGACCAGCCACUGCUGACCUCUGACCUUCUGUCCCUGCUGGCCCACGCAGCCCGGGUGCUGGCUCCCAGCCACUUGUCCUUCAUCCAGGAGCUCCUGGCUGGCUCUGAUGAGUCCUAUCGGCCGCUCCGCAGCCUUCUGGGCCACCCAGAGACCCUUGUGCGGGCCCGCACCUACGGGCUCCUAGGACACUUGCUCAGACACAGCAUGGCCCUGCGCGGGGCACUGCAGAGCCAGGCAGGACUGUUCAACCUGCUGCUGCAGGGGCUUGGAGACAAGGACCCUGCGGUGCGGCGCAGCGCCAGCUUUGCUGUGGGCAACGCGGCCUACCAGGCGGGGCCCCUGGGACCCGCCCUGGCAGCGGCGGUGCCCAGCCUGACGCAGCUGCUUGGAGACCCUCAGACUGGUAUUCGGCGCAAUGCGGCAUCAGCUCUGGGCAACUUGGGGCCUGAGGGAUUGGGGGAGGAGCUGUUACAGUGCCAAGUACCGCAGCGGCUCCUAGAGGUGGCAUGCGGAGACCCCCAGCCAAGCGUGAAGGAAGCCGCCCUCAUUGCGCUCCGGAGCCUCCGGCAGGAGCCCUGCAUCCACCAGGUGCUGGUGUCCCUGGGUGCCAGCGAGAAAUUAGCCUUGCUGUCUCUGGGGAAUCAGCUGCCACAUAGCAGUGCCAGGCCUGCCUCUGCCAAACACUGCAGGAAACUCAUUCAGCUCCUGAGGCCGACCCACGACACGUGAGCCUGGAUCCCCGGGGUCCAGCCGCCAACCUUCACUGGCCUGUGUUAUUGCCAAGUCUUUAUUCUCCCACACAAGCCACCCGCUGAGCCAAGAGCUUAAGAGACUUACAAAGAGUGAUAAAGCUGCCAACUCAACUGAGAACAACAGACCAGAAGAGAUGUAUGUAUAAAGCUCCUUCCUGCCCCCAGAGUCAGGAUGAUUUCAGCCAGUAAACAUCACUGCUGGUGGUGCCAGAGAGGACUCCUUCCUUCUCUCCGUCCAGAGAUCCUUCCUCCAGGAAUGUGCCUUUCGCCCCAGGAACACGCCUCCUGGACCUUAGGGAAAGACCACCACCCGAGGCGUCUUCCUUUCUGCAGCUCCUAUAAUCGUCCCAGCAGGUUUUGCUUUAGGUGCACUGGCCCCAGGACACGACGCACACAGAGCCUGUCUCAGCUCUGGGCCGUGGGGAUACACGUGCCAUCAGUCCCCCGUCGUGGAGGGAUUCUUCAGCCCUUGGCCCACAUUCCCAUCUGUGGGUGGGUGGUAGGGAGUCUGUCUUUUUUUAUAGUUGUAUUUGUAAACUCUUUUAAUAAAAAAUGUGCCUUAACCCUACUUGGAGCUCCCACAGCAAUGGGUUGGGAGUCUCAGCCCCUUAACUUCUGUGUGGUACUGGAAGCACAGGUUCUGUUUGUCUAUCUGGCUUUGCCUGCCUGCCUGCUGGCCGCCUCCAUCCUGAAUGAGCUACACGUGGUCACCUCCUCCUAAGCCAAGGCCCGCGGAGCUGAAAUAGGAGAAGAUUGGGAUUAAACAGAGAGGUUUAGUGGGUUGCUUUGAGACCUUAGGCUGAGUGACUGGUUUGAAGCUUUUAGAGGAAUUUCAAUGUAUAGGAGAGAAGAGCUGUUUGCGGAGAUGUGACCACAAACAGUUAUUUGGCAGAUGUUUCCUAGAUUCAUUAUCUUAACUGGAAAUGCAAGAUCUUCAGAAAGUUCAUGGAAAAUGUAUAUUAUGAAAAAUCCAUGUGUUUAAAAAAAUUGUGCCUACAGCUUGACUCACUGGAGGGCUGAGGACAGCGUCUAGGCUCUGAUUGCUCAUCUGCUAAGUGGGGGAGACUUUUUUCUGUUCUCCCUUGAGUUCUAGUUAUGUUUUUAAAAGAUUUACUUAUUUUAUUUGAAAGGCAGAGUUACAGAGAGGGAGGGGCAGAGAGAGAGAGAGAGAGAGAGAGAGAGAGAGGUUUGUCUUCCAUCCGCUUGUUCACUCUCCAGAUGGCCGCAAUGGCCGGAGCUGCGCCGUUCCGAAGCCAGGAGCCAAGAGCUUCUUCUGGGACUCCCAUGUGGGUGCAGGGGCCCAAGGACUUGGGCCAUCUUCUGCUUUCCCAGGCCAUAGCAGAGAGCUGGAUUGGAAGUGGAGCAUCCAGGACUCAAACCAGCACCCAUACAGGAUGCCAGCACUGCAGGCGGCGGCUUUAACUGCUACGCCUCAGCGUCAGCCUCAAGUUCUAGUUAUUUUACAAAUGAAAGAUGAAUAAGGUGCGCUUUUUUUGAUAAGGGAUUUUAUUUAGUCCUCACCUUCAUUGUUCCAUGUGUUUACAAAAAUAACAUUUUUUCUAGGGACUAUUAUUUCCUGCUAUAUAUAGUAUUUGAAUUCAAUGUAUUUGUAAAAUGUUUAUUUUCAUCUGCUUGAAAGGGAGAGCAACAAAAAUAAAGAG